CACCAACAACAACAAAUUUCGCAAUUCAAAUUCCACUUCCACGUCAAAAGUACAGAACUUCAAAGUACAGACAUGUGAACAAUAGUACCAAAUUGGAAUAGAAGACAUCAUCAUGGCUGUUCGUCGUGACAAACACAAGACGCCUGUCUUCUUAGAGAAAGCAAAUAAAGAACAGACUAGGAUCCAGGAGAAACUGCACAUUAAACUUAAAGCUGAUAUUUACAGGUUAUUUCAAGAUGGGACCUAUUCAGACACCACCCUCCCAUGUGGACCAACACCCAUGCACAUCCAUAGGGCCAUCUUUGAAUCAAGAGUUCCUGGUCUUCUGGAUAUCCUCUGUCCGGAUGGUGUACCAAAUAAGACGGUCCUAGACCUCAUAACGGCUGAAGACCUGGCACAGUUUGUCAAGUGUGUAUACCAGGAGGAUGAUCUGGCGAAGGCAUGGGAAAUGUUUCUCUCUCACAUUGCUAUUCCUGACGAGCAAAGAGCAGGUGGAGAACCAGUAGAGACUUCGUCUGCAGGAGAUGCAGAGCUACAUCCUGGAGGUGUCAAGGAGCUGGAAGAUGUGUUGCUGGGUGCGCAAGGUGGAGCAGCUGCCUCCGAUGUACCCAUACCAAAGGAAUCCUCAGAGGUUGAGGAACCCUGUCAAAGACACAACGCCUUAGAGAGUGUAGAUCCUGCAUGUCGGGAUCAAGAAGAAGGGCCAGGAGAAGAUGGUCGGACAUCAAAUUCACUGCUGCAUACCGAAGAGGCUGAUUCUGCCAACAUUCCCCUUACAAAUGGGACUGAACAACUAGAAUUGCCUGUGGAUGAUCAUCAAGGAACAGAAGCUGUUUCGGCAGCCACACCAGGAUCUCAGAUGGACAGUGUUCAACAGCUAGAUGUUUGUCAGUACGUAACUAUGGACUCACCUAUGGGCCUCGUUCCCAUGCGGUUGCUGCAAAAGGAGGAAUCUGCUGCCGUCACCUUUUGGGAUGAAGCUUCAAGCCCUGGGCCGAUUACUGAUCAAAACAUUCCAAGAGUGCACUCUGAGCAGGAAAGUGGAUUGGAUAAAUGCGAUGAAGCUGAUGCAGCGAUCGUUAAUGGUAUCCCUGCUUUAGUUCUUAAUGGUCCUACAGUGCAAGAGACCAAUGGCACUGAGCAUAAACAGAUAACCAACGAAUCACUCCUAAAUGGUGAUCCAACAUCAAGUAGUCAACAGGAAAACUCUGAUGAUCAAACAGUUUCACUAAAGAAGCAAGAGAGUCCUGUAGAAGAUCUCAAUGCCACUAACACAAACAGUGAUGAAUUGCACCAGUUUGUUGCAAGGGUUCAUAAACUGCCAGCGCCCUCCGGAACCCUGGCGCAAAACUUGAUGCGUCUCCUGGACAGCGAUUCUUCCACCUUCAGUGAUGUUGCUCUGGUACCUGCUAAUGAUACCAGGAUUCCUGCGCAUAGAUUUCUUCUUCACUGCCGCUGUGAGAUCUUUGCUGCUAUGUUAGGAGGUGGAUGGAUAGAGAGUGAGACGCAAGAGAUACAAAUGAAAGGCCUUGAUUUCACCAUGAGUCGUCUGGUUGUGGAAACCAUUAUACAAUUCCUGUAUGGAGGUGCUGCCAGUCUUUCAGAUGAUGUCAAUCUCAGAGAUCUCCUUGGUGCAGCUGAUAUGUAUGGGUUAGAGGGAUUGAAAGAAGUCACUGCCUUUCAUCUCAAAAGAGACUGGUGUCAUCUCUUUCACAAGCCGCUGUGUGCUGAAUGCUCAGCCCUGGUACCACAUUGCUAUGCAUUAAGUGAGAGCUUUGGGUUGCCUGACCUAUCUCAAAUGUGCCUCAGGUGGAUGUCGAAAAACAUGGACCGUUUCUGGGUCCAAAAGACAUUCUCCAAUUUGCCUCCAGAGAUGCAUGAAAAGUGUUCCAAAGACGUCAUGGAGAUUUUGAACGGUAAAAAUGCUAUUGAGGUUUUGUUCCAACUGGAUAAGAUCAAACUAAGCCUUCCUCUAGGCCAGAGCUCCUGGGCCGAACCCGCCAAGGAGAUCACCUCCAAAACUUGGAAACAAGUCCUGCAGUUUGCAGCCAACUACUUUCACAACAUCCUUGAUGGACCAAUGUUUGAGGAUAAAUAUCUGAAGGGCAUGGGCUGGAAGAAGGACGUGAUGGAGCCAUUGUUCAGGAAGGUGGUUGCCGGACUGUCACUGGGGAAUGCUGAUCUGAACUUCAGAGCCGUCUGGCGACUCUACAAGAGGGAGAGGACAGACAAAGAGAAGGAAGAGGGGAAGACACCAGAGGAGGAGUGGAACCCAGAUGCUUAUACAGCUUUUGGUGGAUUCUAUGACAAGAUCUAUAACUAUGUGGUGAGCAACGCAAGUUACAUCGUCAAUACAGAAAUCUUUAAACAGUUGCCUGAAGAUCUUCAGAAACAGAUAAGAAAAGAUGCAGUUUAUGUGGAUACAGGCAUGUCCAAGACACUUAAGAAACCUGUACUCUCCAGCUCGCAAAGGCCCAAGUCUGCUCAGGUGAGGAGGACACUCUCCCAUCCUAUCCGAGCUUCAUCUCCUGCAUCCUCCACCUCCUCGGCCUCCUCUGUAUCAUCCGCCCCAUCCUCAUCCCGGAGAGGAGGAGUGGGGACUGGGUCAGCAAGGGGUGCAGGCGGUUCCUCAAGGGGUGUAGGAGGUGCAGGUAGGGGUGUUGGAGGUUCAUCGAGGGGUGCAGGAAGUUCAACAAGGGGUACAGUAGGUUCAGAAAGGGGUGUAGGAGGUGCAGAUAGGGGUGCAGAAGGUUCCUUAAGGGGUGUAGGAGGUCCGGCUAGGGGUGCAGGGGGUCCAUCAAGGGGUACAGGGAGUUCAACUAGGGGUGCGGGAAGCGGAUCUGCAAGGGCAACAGGUAGGGGUGGUGCAGCAGGCAGAGGAGCUGAUGGCUCAGCAAGGGGAAAUGGAACUGGUAGGUCUAGGGGUGAAGAAGCAGGGGCGGCUGGUGUGGGUGGAGCUCAGAGACCAACAAGGCCAAGGGACGGAAGACACCCUCCUGGACGUUGA